AUGAUUCCUCAAUCUGUUGUUGCCCUCCUCUCUCUCCCACUUCUUGUCUCGGCGCAUUUCCAUAUCCUCUACCCGACUCCGAGAAGCAACGAUGAAGAGGAUGAGCCCAAGUUCCCCUGCGGUGGCUUUGCUGUCUCCCAGAAUCGCACCGUCGUCUCGAGCUCGGCCAUCCCCAUUGCUCUGCAGAUGGGCCAUGACCGCAGUGUUGUCCAAAUGCUAUUAGCGCUGGGGAACGAUCCAGGUGACAACUUCAACAUCACUCUCGAGCAGACUUUCCAAGAACAGGGAGAGGGAAACUUCUGUCUGCCUUCUGUUCAGAUCCCGGCGAAUCUCGGUAUCCAGGACGGCACCAAUGGAACUUUGCAGGUCAUUACGGACGGAGAAGGAGGUGGCGGUCUCUAUGUUUGCGCGGAUUUGACCUUCACGUCAUCACCAACAGUCCAAUCCCUCCCGAGCGCCUGCUCUAACGGCACCGGAGUCACUGCCUUCCCGCUCUCCGCGAAGAUCAAUGCCAACGAGUCAAACGCUGAUGGCUCUCCACAAAGUGGCUCUAACUCCGGCUCAAGCUCAUCUGCAUCGUCCAGUAGCGCAAGUGCAACUCCCAGCGCCACCGCCAGCGCCAGCGGUGCUUCAAGCUCUCCGACAGGUAACAAUGCUGCGAUGUUUACAGCCGGGUGGAGUGUCCUGGGCGCUGCCGUACUUGGGGCAGUAGCUCUCAUGUAA